AGUCUCUCUGCGUCGUCGCGCGCAAACUGUUGUGUCACAUUCCCACAAUGAGGUUUUGGAAGUCUCGUAGGUUUUUCUUGGGCAGCGUGUUGGCGGCUCUAAUCACAGGCGCGCUGGUAGCAGUGCUGGUGCUGCAGCCAUGGUCGAACGUCGAACAACCACGCUUCCUGCACGCCGCAGUCGCUGCUAAUGGCUAUGAAUGUGCUUCUAUUGGACGUGAAAUCUUGGAAAAACAGGGGUCCGCGGUCGAUGCAGCAAUAGCGGCAUUAUUCUGCGAAGGAGUGUCGUGUGCACAAUGUAUGGGCCUGGGCGGCGGUUUCCUGGCUACGGUGUACGACGCACCAACGAAACGAGUGAGGGCUCUGAACGCUCGGGAGCGAGCACCGGGUCUUACCACAGAAGACAUGUACGCGAACGCGUCGUCGACCGUAGGGGGGCUCUCGAUCGCCGUACCAGGCGAACUGCGCGGAUACGGCGAGCUUUACCGGGAAUACGGACGCCUGCCGUGGGCAGAAUUAGUCCGUCCCACCGUGGAGUUGUGCCGCAAUGGACACCGCGUCAACUCGUACAUGGCACGCGUGCUGCAAACGUUCAGCGAGAGAAUCAAAGCCGAACCAUCAAUGAGCGAGGUGUAUUUGAACCCGGAGACGGGCGAGGUCUGGAACGAAGGCGACCUCGUCAAGAAUUUGGCGCUAGCAGACACCCUCGAAAUAAUAGCGCAGCAGGGCCCGGAGGCGAUUCACAACGGCUCUCUUACGGCGCAACUCGUACGAGACAUCCAAGGGUUUGGUGGUAUCAUAACAGAAGACGACUUGAGGAACUACAGGGUAGAAUGGAGCGACCCCAUCGCGGCACCACUCACAGACGAGCACACGUUGUACUCGGUCCCGCUGCCAGGUUCAGGCUCGGUCCUAGCGUUCAUAUUGAACAUGCUCCGCGGCUGGGUGGGCGACGGCACAGACGUGCCGGUGGGCUCCAACCUCUAUUGGCAUCGCAUCGUCGAGACAUUCAAGUUCGCGUACGGAAGACGAACAGGCCUCGGCGACCCUACACGCUCUGAUUUGGGUCAACAAAUUCAGCAGUUGCAACGUAACCUUUCGGAUCCUAACUUGGUGGAAAACUACCGGAGGCUGGUGGACGACCGUAAAACGUAUCAAGAUUGGAAGCACUACGGAGCACUGUUCGAAGGCGCCGACGAUCACGGCACAGCGCACUUGGUCGUCAUCGCACCAGACGGCAGCGCGGUCUCAGCCACCAGCACAAUCAACUACAUAUGGGGUUCACAAAGACGCUCACAAUCUCUCGGCUUCAUGCUAAAUAACGAAAUGGAUGACUUCGCCAUACCGAACCGUGAGUCUGCGUACGGUCUGCCGCCAUCGCCUGCCAACAUGCUGGCGCCUGGACUGCAGCCGCUCAGUUCGAUGACACCUGCCAUCGUGCUCAAGAACAACGAACCGGUGCUAGUAAUCGGAGCCGCUGGAGGCACCAAGAUCACCACGCAAGUGUCUCUGAUUGCAAGAAACAUGAUAGUAGAAGGGGGAGAUCUAAAGACUGCCCUGGAUCGGCCGAGACUUCACCAUCAGUUAAUACCCAUGGAGAUUCAAUACGAGCACAACUUCAACUCAGCAGUGAUAGCAUCUCUGCAAGCUCGCGGGCACGCGACGACAGAGCUUGGACUGACAGCUGGCUUCGCAGCGGUGGUUGGUGUGGCGCGCCAAUCUGACGGAUACUUACACGCUUACACGGACCGACGACGGGUCGGCAGCACUGACGGAUUUUAAAUUCAAACCGACUUUAACCGGUUCACCGCGUACUUUCAUUAUCAGUAAUACUAACGUGGAUACUUUUUUCAUGUAUAUCGUUUUACUAAACCGUCAAAUUUAACUGGUGGAACUAGGAUAUUUUCAUCUACAAAUAAUUCCUGUCUCUGUUGAUUUCAGCGAUUGUUUCGAAUAACUAUUGGGAUUAUAAAAAGAAAUGUUUAAUGGAUAAAACUGAGAUCUCACGGAAAAUCGCUCUGGUUUUCCACUGCGGUUGGGGGACCGCAGCUCGCGUUAGGAUGUGAAAUUGUACGCAAUGUACGUUAACAAUUUUCUCUCAUCAUGCUAGUUUCGAAUUGAAAUAAAUAACUUUCCAACUGCCUCAAAGGCUGCGGGUAAAUAUCACUCCAUGUGUCGAAGCCUUUCAAUCGGAAUAUUGCUGAAAACUCAUUUUUAAAAUAAAUAUUGAUUAAUAAACAUUAUGGGAAUUGACAUUCCUAUACCAACGUUAUUGCUGUAAACCCAUUUAUGUGAACAUGAAAAAAAAAAUGCUUUUAAUUUUUAACAAGUAUUGCCAGUCUUGCUUUUAUUAUCUAUUUGUAAUUAUUAUUUAUUAUUAGUUUGAAAGUUCCUUUUCUUAUAAGUAUUUACGAAGUUAGGAAGCUUAAAAAUUAUGUACGUUCGAUAAUGAUAUUUUGUCGAAAUCAUAUCUUUGUGUACUAUUCUAAUUAUGCUGUGAAUUCUCAAAAAGGUUUUUACCGAUGUUUAUGAGAUAUAGAUUAGGCUUUUCACUAAUACUAAAUUUUAGAUGACAAACAGUAAUCUAAAUUGAUUCACCAAAGGGAAAACCAACAAAAUUUAAAAAUUUUGAUAAUCUAACCAAUCUAAGCAUCGAUUCUUUAACGUUACUAAACAAAUUAAAACACAACAUCAUGUAUAUUUUGAUUGUUUUAUUAGUUAUGCAAAAUUUUUAUGAGUACUUUAUUUCUACUACUAUAUAACAGCGGAUGGCUUGCGCGAUAUAGGUAACCUACUGCCUUGGUUAGAUACUUAAACCAAAUGGGUAAUUUUAAACACACAAUUAAAAUUUCAACAAAAUGCUCAUUAUUUCAAAUCUCAUUUAUAGACCUUGGGUGUUUUAAUUUAUUUAUAGUGUUUUUAUUAUACAAAUAUAUACCUACCGACAAUAUACAAGUACAGUCAACAGCACAUCAUGUUAUGCAAAUCCGUCAAAACUCCUCACUUGACUUUAAGCCUUAACGUUUCGCAGGUAGAGAUUAAAAUUAACUAUUGUGGUAGAUAUUUAACAUAUUGUGGUAGUCUGACAUACAGCCGUUUGUACUAGUAGAUGUCGCAUUCAACUAGGUUAAAACAGCCAUUUAAUCGGAUGACUAAGCGACAUGCAUACUUAUCAUGUUAAUAUUCACUGUUUACAGAAGUAUGUACAAUAGUUACAUAUCGCAUUUUCAUCAUUCAAGCGAAUAUACCUAGGUAUAUCAAAAAACCGAAUUAUAUAUUUUUUUAAGUUAAAAUAAAUUAACUGUGUGAUGUUUGUUACACGUAUCAUAGAAAAUAUCUUAGAUAAUUUCGUCCAUUGUUUUUACUGUAAAUAGUUACGGAUAGUUAGUUAGUAUGUUUUUAUGUUUUAGUGAUACUUAUUUUAUGACUAUAAAAUAAAAAAUUUGGCAGUGUAAUUUUUUUUAUUCAUUUUAUGGGUCCCUGAGACGAUCAAGAGAACUUGUCAAGUCUACGUAACGGAAUGCAAUACUGAU